AUGGCAAGCAUGGCUGUCCAACUGCUGGGGUUCUCUGUGGCUCUUCUUGGGUUCGUUGGGACCAUCGUUGCCACCGUACUGCCUCACUGGUGGAGAACGGCGCACGUGGGUACCAACAUCAUCACCGCCGUAGCCUACAUGAAGGGCCUAUGGAUGGAGUGCGUGUGGCAUAGCACCGGCAUUUACCAGUGCCAAGUUCACCAGUCUCAGCUAGCACUCCCGCGUGACCUGCAGAUUGCUCGAGCCAUGAUGGUCUCAUCCUGUGUCGUUUCGAUAUUGUCCUGCGUGGUGUCAGUCUUUGGCAUGAAGUGUACUCAAUGUGCGAAGGGCUCGUCGACAAAGAAGUCAAUUGCUGUUCUUGGUGGGACUUUCUUUAUCCUGGCUGGGUUCCUGUGCUUGAUUCCCAUAGCAUGGACUACCAAUGAUGUGAUCCAAGCCUUCUACCAUCCUUCGCUUCCAUUCGGCAUGAAGUACGAGAUAGGGCAGGCUCUCUACGUUGGCUUUAUCUCUGGGGGGCUAACAAUAGUUGGAGGAGCGAUGCUACUCUUCUCAUCAUGUCAACGCAAUGUUGAGCAGGUACCAUACAUCCAUGCACCAUACAACACCAGAUUGACUCCAUCGAGGAGAUUACCAACUGUCCACAAAAGCAGCCAUUCUCCCGCGUGGUCAUCUGCUUCGCGCCAUGGGUAUCAAAUCAAUGACUUUGUCUGAGUGCUUGACGACUACGCAACGAGACACUUAUGUGCAAUGACUGAAAUUCUAUUUAUGACGUUCAAUAAUUCGAUGUUUACUGUGUUUGUAAAGCUAUGAGGAAGAUCUCUGAUGUAUAUUGAGGAGGAAAGACUUGUAUAUAUACGGCACGGGAUGCUUAUCUUUUACAUUUUAUUACGGAAUUCUACGCGGAGUAAAUAGUGUUACUGGGAAGACCAUUUAUCAA